CCCCCAACGAGGCCGCAUGAAUAAUGGAGUAACCCCGCCGCACAGGUGAGCGUGAGCGGGCGUCUCACCCUCCGGUGAAGGGAGGCUUGCAUCAUCGUCGUCAUCGAUGGCCACUCCUUGUCCCCACCAUUGCCCGUGCGAGUAGAUCUUGCGCGGCCAGUAUAUAUUAGGUCAAACACCGCUCCCAAGAAUGUAUAUGCGCGUGGCUACACAAGUAGAACGUCACUGAAUUACUCAAUCCCAGAUCUCCCUCCUUUGCAAAAAAUAAGACAGCAUACCGUGGUUUAUGUGGGGGAGGGAGGGAGGGAGAGGGGGGGUCUCCCUUGCUCGUAAUUAAAAGGUCAUCUCUCCUUGCUGCUGGUAUUUGCGUGGCUGGGCAAGGCUUGCCCCGCGCUACGCGGCACUUUAAAGAGCCUCGUUCGCAGUCGGUCAUUGUCACUCCCGAGCAAGGCGGUCGCGUUGUUGGGCAGGCGACAUCGCUCCGCGGGUGACUUCGAUCGACGCCCCGUGCGCGUACCCUCGGCGAGGAGGUCGCCUCCCGCCGGCGCGUUGCUGGAAGUAUAGAGUCGGCCAAAAAAAAAAGGCCGUGGGUCCGGUUUUUUGUUUUGUUGCCUUCAUCAUUCCGAUCGGCCCGUUGCAGUCUCGCGGCGGGACAGCACUCGGUGCCUCGCAAGGGGAGCUCGGAGGAGGCGCGGCGCGGAGCGAUGGAGCCGCCGGACGACUCCAAGGGUACCCGGCACAUCACCGUCGACGAUGACCUGAGCCACAUGCUGCUCGGCGCCUCGCUCUGCAAGAUCAAGUCCAAGACGUGGAAGAAACAGCGGCUCUUCAAGCUGCAGGAGGACUUCCUCACCAUCUGGUACGAGUCGAAGAAGAGCAACAAGAGCAAGGCAACUUUCUCCGUAGUGGAGAUCGAGGCGGUGCGCGAGGGCCACCAGUCCGAGGUGCUGCAGAGCUCCGCGGGAGAGUUCCCUCCAGAGCGAUGUUUCACCAUCGUGUUCCGCGGACGGCGCGGCAACCUGGACCUGGUGGCGGAGAGCGAGGAGGAGGCGCAGCGAUGGGUGCGCGGCAUUGCCAAGCUCAUCCGCAGCGCCGAGAACAUGGGCUCCCAGGAGCGGCUCGAUGCGUGGAUUUAUGAUUGCUUCAAGAAGGCAGACAAAAACAAGGACGGGCGGAUGACCUUCAAGGAGGUGAAGAACCUGCUGAAGAUGAUGAACAUUGACAUGAACGAACACCACGCCCAGCACCUGUUCGAGAUGGCCGACAUGUCGCGCUCGGGCACGCUGGAGGGCAUCGAGUUUGUGGUCUUCUACAAGUUGCUGACACAGCGCGAUGAGCUGCAGGCGCUCUUCUCGUCCCUGUCGGGCGACGGCAGCGUGCUGAGCCGGGGCGAGCUCGCUGCGUUCCUGCGCGACUUCCAGCGGGAGGAGGGGUGCGAGGAGCUCCGCUUCGCCGAGGAGCUCGCCUCCUCCAUCACGGAGAGACACGAACUCUCCAACAUCGCGAGGAGCCUGAGCGUGAUGACGCUGGACGGCUUUGUGCGCUACCUGACCUCCCCGGAUGGGUCCCUGUGGGACCAGCGCCACGACUCCAUCGGCCACGACAUGACGCGGCCGCUCAGCCACUACUUCAUCUCGUCGUCGCACAACACCUACCUCAUGGAGGACCAGCUCCGUGGCCCCAGCAGCACCGAAGCCUACAUCAGGGCCUUCCGCAAGGGCUGCCGCUGUGUGGAGCUCGACUGCUGGGACGGUCAAAACGGCGAGCCGGUCAUUUACCACGGCCACACGCUCACCUCCAAAAUCCUGUUCAGCGACGUCAUCCGCACCAUUGAAAAAUACGCCUUCCAGGUGUCGGAUUAUCCGGUGAUCCUCUCCAUAGAGAACCACUGCAGCGUGGCCCAGCAGGCGGUGUUGGCUCGGCACAUGCAGUCGAUCCUCGGGGACAAGCUGCUCACCGCCCCACUCGCUGGACUACCCAGCUCGCAGCUGCCCUCCCCAGAGCAGCUGCGGGGGAAGGUGCUGGUGAAGGGAAAGAGGCUGCCGGGCCCGUGGCCACGCGAGGCGGUGCCCGUCGCCAACGGGCACGACGAGAGCGGCGAGGUCAGCGACGAGGACGAGGCGGCCGAGAUGGAGGACGAGAGCGUGCGCAACUGUGUGCGGCAGCGCGGCAAGAAGUGCAAGCAGAACCUGUCCAUGGAGCUGUCCAACUGUGUGGUGUACUGCCGAAGCGUGCAGUUCCCAGGGUUCUCCCGCCCGCGUGAUCAGGCCAGUGCCUGGGACAUAUCCUCCUUCACGGAAACCAAGGCUCGCAAGCUGCUCCGCGAGGACGGCAACGAGUUUGUGCGUCACAACACCCUGCAGCUGAGCCGAGUCUACCCAGCCGGGCGUAGGACUGACUCCUCCAACUACAACCCGCAGGAGUUCUGGAACGUCGGCUGUCAGAUUGUGGCAUUAAACUUCCAGACAGCGGGAGACGAGAUGGACCUGCACGAUGGGCACUUUCGGCAGAACGGCGGCUGCGGCUACGUGCUGAAGCCCGCCUUCUUGUGUGAUCCCACCACGGCCUUCCAGCCGGAGAACCCACAGCCCGGCAUCGGCCUGCACACCGUGAGGCUCACCAUCAAGGUGAUCAGCGGGCAGCAGCUGCCCAAGGUUCCACACAGCAACAAGGGCUCCAUCAUCGACCCGCUGGUGCGCGUGGAGGUGCACGGCGUGCCGCUCGACAACGCCCGCUACGAGACCAAGUACAUCGACAACAACGGAUUUAACCCGCAGUGGAACGAGAUCCUGAGCUUCAACAUCAACGUCCCCGAGGUGGCUCUGCUGCGCUUUGUGGUGGAGGACCAUGACACGGCAACCCCCAAUGAUUUUGUGGCGCAGUACUCGAUCGCCUUCAGCAGCCUACGCCAAGGUUACCGCCACAUCCCUCUGCUGUCGCGUGAUGGGACGCGCGUGGAGCCCUCGUCCCUCUUCAUCCACGUGAAGAUUGCCAAUGUCACGUAACGUCGCAGACAGGCGGGCAGACUGGCAAGGCGACCGGCGGCCCCAGCGGGGCAGAGUGCGACUCGUGAGAGCGACGUUCGUGUCGAGCGCUGUCGGCGUGCGUUUGUCCCUCGCCUCGCGCCCCCCCCCCCUCCCCAGUGUGUCGGCGUUCCGUUUAAGUGUGCGGUCGGUUCGACCGUCAGAUAACGAUGAGCGAGGUGUGGCGGUGCUCGUUCAGAAAUAGAAGACAGUGGAGUCUGAGUUGUGUUUAGUUAAACAAAAAAAUCCACCGGUUUAUAGAUUUUUUUUUUAUUUCGUUGGAUGUUUGUUUUGUUUCUGUCUCGUGCUCUGCUGUGAGUCCACAUGCAUUCCCGGCUGAAGUGCUAACAACUAUAGUGAUCCAAUUGCACUCUCCGUUUUUGUACAUCACAGCAUACGUGUUUUGAAGCUGCUGCAUUCAAUAAGCAUUGUGGUGAUAUUUAUGAAAGAUAACUGCAAAUGCGCGUUCUUAAUGUAUUUAUCCAUAUGCAAUAAAAAAAAAGUUCUCACUAUAGUAUAUAUAUAGACAGUUGGGGCAAGGGCUGUUAGCAAGCACUUAUUUAGGAUGCAACAAUGCAUGUUACCAGGUUGUCACUUAUGGUUCAGUCGAUGGAGGGGAGGCCCAGUACCGGCUGAGAUCUUCACCACUGAUGUUAGCCAUGGAUAUGAAUCAAACUCGGAUACCCGGUUUGUAACGCAGUGUGCUAAUCGUAUUGCACCACCACCACCCACGUAUAUUAAUAGUUCAUUACAUUCAGACAUUUUACAAUGAUGCAGAAGUCUUAUCAGAUCGCUCCUCGUGUUUUGUAUUGUUUGUUAAUAUGGACCGAUAUUCGUGGCCAACACAGCUCGUUAAAUAGUCCAGUGUGAUGCACGUGUUUGUUGCGUUUUAGUUCCCUGUUUUUAUAGCCCAUGGUUUUAUAGAUAAAAAAUUUCAUUCCAGUUUUUUUUUUACUUCCGUUGAAUCCCUUGUCAAAUGUGACGUUCAACAGCUCUAUGUAAAAGAGAUCAUCGUUGUUAUGCUUAGUGCAUGAAUGUACCUGAUAUUUUAGCUAUUCACCACGUCUCAUUGCAGUGACUACCUCCUGACAUGAGAUGGUCAAAGGUAUUCAAGAACGGAUUGUCAAACGUGCACACAGACUAACGCUGCCUUAUUUUUAAUAAACCCGAAAAACGAUGCACAGUGCACAUUUUUAAGCAUGCCAUUUGUAUAUCAUAAUGAUGCUUUUCAGUGAGCCAGAUAAUUUUGAUGUUUUUUUGUAAUUUACCUCCAAUUUUCCCUCAAUUGCUGCAUCCGGUAAUGUGAGGAAGCUUCCAUCCACAUCUUUUGCAGAGCAAUGCAGCCCUUUGUGUUUCAGAAGGGCCCACAGAAGUGGAUAUCGCAGAGCUACCUCCGAGAUCAACAUAUUUCCACCCCCCAUAGCACGUUCCCGCCCAGUUCAUCGUAUGAGAGAGUAAAUGUCCGUCGGAUGACAGUCAAACCAAUAUUUUAAAUCUGUAGGUUGAAUUUUAUCAAAACUGAAUGUCAUAUUUGUUGUUUAAUUAUAUUAUUGGUGGCUGGGCUGACACGAUCAAAUCACUACACUGGAGAAGCUCGUUUGAUUACAGGCAACUGCCUG